ACAGCUAUAUUCCGCUCAAUCCCCUGCCACUACACGGAGCAGGCUAGUUCAGCGGUACAAGUUACCUAGGUUACUUAGCUAGGAAACAAAUAAACCACUGUAAUUAAACGGAACUCGCGGAAACUUGCGAUAUUUAUUGAAAUAAGCCUAUUCCUUAAUCUACGUUGAUAUAAACCCCAACAGGUAGCUACACAGACCGACAAGGAAGUGCAUUGUGGUUAUAUCACAACAAACCACCUAGAAUUGUUGGUUAGCUCAACGUUAGUUUAUUUAUCUGAUGUUUUCAGCAGACAGUGUGAAAAUGACAAAACUACAACUUUUGAAUUCCUAUCUCACUGAGCGUUUAAUGGUGGCAAUCGGAGAGAUUCUGGAGGUUGUCGAGGGGACUGUUCUAAAAUAUGAGGAGGAGACUACCCGAACUCGUCAAGAGAACCAAGUGUUGAAACGACGGUUGCAUGAAAUUGGACUUGGAGUAGAGUGGACAGUGUGUUUAGGUUCCAUCAGACGGCCGUCAUCUUCUGAAACAGUCUCUCCUGCUGGUCAGCACCAGUGGAGUUCCAACCAGGGACAAGACAUUGAACCCUCAUUUACUGGACAGGACAAAGCAGUCUCUGACCAGAAUGAGGGCCCUACCACACCUAACCAGGGGACCACAGACUGCAUCCAGUGGAAAUAUCUCUUCAAAUCAAGUUCAGAGUCCACACAUAGUCCUGGUCCAGAGACAAUUUCAUUAGGAACAUCUGUUUUGACAAAUAUGAAAAAGGAUUUGGACUGUAAUUCUUGUUUGCUAUAUAGUCCCUUGGACAAAUGUAUUGUGGAUAGAAUAGAUGUACACUGUGGUCUUGAAGCCAUCAAAGUUGAACCCCUUGACCAGAGUAUUGACUCUUGUUCAGGUUCUGUUUCUGACACAGGGUUUCCUGACCUGGAGAGAGCUUCAGCAUUGACAACACAUGCUGCCUCAGUCACCAAGUCUGACCUGGAGUCAGGAAGGAUAGAGGUCAGAUAUAGGGACUGUUAUCUCAGUACUGACCCUGCAUCAGCUAAUGUCUCAGACCAAGAAGACAUUGUACAACACAUAGAUAAUGCUGGGAAGCGAAUUGGGACAAAGCUAGACUGCAUGGUUGCCUCUCAAAUCAAGCCACGGUCACUGAGCAAUAUAGGUCUCAGGUCACACCCUUGUCCCCACUGUGGCAAAACCUUUAGCCAUGUUUCACGACUGAAAAUACACCUGCGCAUUCAUACUGGCGAGAAACCGUACGUAUGCGCCUUGUGUGGAAAACGUUUCAACAACGAUGGCACACUGCGCAACCAUCGCCGUGUCCACACAGAGUUGCGACUCUAUGAUUGUCCUAUAUGUGGAAUGAGUUUUAAAGAUGCUUACACAUGCAGAAAGCAUCAACGGGUUCAUAAUGGUAUGCAUCCUCAUUCAUGUAGUGUUUGUGGAAAAACCUUUACUACAUCUGCAAUUUUGUCCAAGCACUUAAAAACUCACAAUUUUAACAUUGGAUAAGUUAUGAGUUACAAAUGGUGACCAUUAGGAUCGAGUUAACAAAGGUUGAGAUACUUUGUUUAAGAACUUAGAAACAGAACUUGUCUGUUUAUAUGUGUAGACAUUUUUGUAGAAACAUCUUUGUGUGUGGUGUUUGUAUGUGGAAUGGGUCUGUAUACUGACCUUGGAUCUUGUUUAGCAAUCCAUCCACAUACAAUCUGUGUUGGUGGUGGAUAUCUUGUCCAAAUGUAAAACAAACCGCUUUAUCCUUUGGAAUCAACAAUGUGCUUGCUUUUUAUAUCUAAUUCCUUGUCAAAAUCCAAGAAAAUCAUAACUGCAGUGAAGUGCUACAGUUGAAACUAACUGCCAGGAUUUAUGAACAGGACCUAGUUUAUAUUUAUUAUUGGAACAUGUGUGUGUGUUUGCACAACCCCCCCUGUGAACUAGCUCCAGCUUGACCUCAACACUGGAUGAUGGACAGUGAUGUCAUCUAACAGUGUGUUUAGACAUGAGUAUUCAGUGUUUCAUUACUCCAAUCAUUCCACAUUUAGUUGAAAUUCUCUUCGUUCUACAAAUUCAAAAAAGUUGGGACAGAACAAAUAUGAAUAAUAAAGUGUCCUAGAACAUAACUGCACUCAGGAUAGCAUUUUCAGGAUUCAAUUCACCACUGGUGGGGAAGAGUCACUUGUAAACAUGGUGUUCUCCCUCGCUUUGAACUUUCUCUGCAAUUUCCAAUGGUUGGUACUGGAGACAUUUGGUCAUUGGCCUGAUAUCCCUGACAAAAAAGAAGUGCAAUACUUUCAAGUGCACUUUCAAUUAAUGUAAGUACCUCAAGAAGUAAACGUAAAUUUAAUUUUACUGUGACUUACUAAUAAAUUAAAAUGUUAAGAGGCCCCUCACAUGCCUCAGAUCUUGCGUCACAUGGCGAGAAGGGGGGCCCUCACCAAGUUACACUGCAGAUUCUGAAAGAAGCUACUUACUGCACAGCUAUUAACGUUUUAUGAAUCCAGCUCUUGUAAUGAAACGUAACAGUGAUUUAACUCAUGGUUACUAUGGUAACCCAGCACAACAAUGACAAUUACACUACAACACUACACUACAAAAACACUACAUUCUAAGCAGACACACAAAACGAAAUGCAUUAAGUUACCUUUGUAUUUCAAACAAACGCCAAACUUAGCACAUUUUAACACUAUUUACCGCCUUGCAUCAUGGAAAUUGACUGGCCAAUGAGCCACACUAUCUUCAUUAUUUCACGUCGUUAUUUCGUUCUUCAGUCAGUUUGACAGUAUAACCUUCAAAUUCUCAAGUAGCUUUUUCUUUUUUUCCCAUGUAUACUCCAAUUUAUAAUUAUUAGUACAAGAGUAUAGGGCUUCAGAAUGUUUUGGCAGUAAUUAAGGUUACAGUAACAAAAAAAGAUUCAAUGUGCCAUG